UCUCGCGUCGCCCGUUUGUGUGCAGCCACAUCGCGUUUCUCACUUCCCAGAGUUGCGACUUGCGAGAAGGUAUCGAAAUGGAAAUUGAACCGGACGGGAAAAUCGCUUCGCAAGUCGAUGACGAUGGCAAGCCCAGAAGAACUGUCAGCUCUAGUUGAGUUCGUAAUUCACAAAGAAGAUCAAAAAGGUGAACAGGGAUGAGUGGAAGAUGAAUAAAUAACAUAUGAAUGGCAUGCAGGGAAUGUGUUGACGGCGACGACGCACAUAAUAACGGUGGUGGUCGGAGCAGGAGUGCUGGCACUGCCGUGGGCGAUGGCCCAACUAGGAUGGAUCGGAGGAAUAGGCGUUAUGGUCACCUUUUCCUGCAUCUCCAUUUUCACUUACGGUCUCAUUGCUGAUUGCUACAGAUAUCCCCACCCUGUCUCCGGCACCAGAAACUACACUUACAUGCAGGCCGUCAAGUCUUACUUGGGCGGCCGCAUGCACCUGGCCUGCGGUUUCGUCCAGUAUUCCAAGCUCGCCGGAAUUACUGUUGGCUACACCAUCACCACCUCCACCAGCUUAGUGGCUAUCAAGAAAGCUGGGUGCUUCCACCAGAAAGGCCAUCAAGCUUAUUGCAAAUUUUCCAACAAUCCUUUCAUGGCUGCUUUUGGCAUCCUCCAGAUAAUCUUGUCUCAAAUUCCUAAUUUCCACGAGCUUACCUGGCUCUCAACCAUUGCCUGUAUCACCUCUUUUGGUUAUGCUUUAAUUGGGAGUGCCCUUUCUCUCGCUGUCCUCGUCCAAGGACAGGGAAGGCCAACCAGUGUAACAGGAGUAGAAGUAGGACCUGAACUGUCUGAAGAAGAUAAAAUGUGGAGAAUUUUCAGUGCAAUGGGGAACAUAGCUCUUGCUUGCUCUUAUGCUACUGUUGUUUUUGAUAUUAUGGACACGUUGAAGUCAUCGCCAGCGGAGUGCAAACAGAUGAAAAAGGCUAACGUGUUAGGGAUCACAGCAAUGACAGCACUCUUCCUUGCAUGCGGUGGCCUUGGCUAUGCUGCUUUUGGGGACCAAACACCGGGCAACAUGCUCACCGGCUUUGGAUUUUACGAUCCCUUCUGGCUGGUCGACAUAGGAAAUAUAUGCAUUGUCAUCCACAUUCUGGGCGCAUAUCAGUUAAUGGCUCAAGCAUUCUUUUUCAUAGUUGAAUUGGGUGCGAAGAUCAUGUGGCCCGAGUCAGAUUUCGUGCAGAAAGAAUACCCAUGCAGAAUAGGCAGAGUGACAUUCAAUUUUAACAUGUUUAGGCUAGUUUGGAGGACAGUAUUUGUGAUGAUAGCCACAACUCUGGCCAUGGCAAUGCCCUUCUUCAAUGAGUUUCUUGCCCUGCUCGGAGCUAUUGGGUUCUGGCCUCUCAUUGUGUUUUUCCCCGUGCAAAUGCACAUUGCCCAGAGACAGAUCAAAACCCUAUCACUCAAGUGGUGUGCGCUACAGCUGCUGAGCUUUGUUUGCUUCCUUGUUUCACUGGCCGCAGCAGUUGGUGCCAUUCAUGGAAUCAGCCACAAUCUCUCCAAAUACAAGCCCUUCAUGUACAAACAAUAGUCCACUUAUGUCAUGUGACAUUAGAUUAAUUAAGCCUGGCUUCAGGAGAACUAGUGUAAUCAAGACCCAAAUGCUAUGUAUCUACUUCCCUUGAUCUAUGAGCUAUUAAGAAGCAUGAAGUUGUAGCUCUGUUGCAGUUUAA